UUUUUUCAUACUUCAGCCAAAACUAGAGGUAUUGGCAACAAUGAAUCACUUCAAAUUUAUUCUACUUCUUCUUCUCCUUUUUGUGUGUAAUUUGUUCCUACAAUCUUAUUCAUUGAAUAUUGAGGAGGAAAGGGAGGACUACAAGAACUGGUUGUCAUGGAACCUUCAAAAUUACAAGAAGAAAGCUGGUUUGGUAAACAGGUCGACUGCCAAACUCGGUCGGUCUUAUAAGGGUGGCGGAGUUCUUGACGAUAAGUUGAAGAAGGCCGAGAUGAAUAAAGUGAGAAUAAUUGUUAGUCAAGAUGGAACGGGUGACUUUAAAACGGUUGGAGAAGCUAUUAGUAGCAUUCCUAAACCUAAUAGUAAAAGAGUCAUUUUGGUCAUCAAUCCAGGAGUUUACAGUGAAAAAAUCACCAUUCCUAAAAGCCUACCAUUCGUGACGUUUCUUGGAAAUGGCAGUGACGACCAACCAACCAUCACGGGAAACGACACAGCAUCGGUGACCGGAGCAGACGGAAAACCAUUGGGGACUUUGAAGAGUGCAACUGUGGCCGUAGAUGCCAAUUAUUUUGUAGCUAUCAAUAUGAAGUUUGAGAAUAGGGCAAUGCACGAGAUCGGAUCGGUUCGAGGACAAGGAGUAGCAUUAAGAAUAUCAGGAACAAAAGCUGCAUUUCACAACUGCAGCUUCUAUGGAGAUCAAGACACACUAUAUGAUCACAAGGGUCUUCAUUACUUCAACAAUUGCUACAUCCAAGGCUCAGUGGAUUUCAUAUUUGGCUAUGGAAGAUCCUUCUAUGAGAAAUGCUAUUUGAAGUCAAUAACAAAGAAAGUGGCAUCUAUGACUGCCCAAAAGGGAUUAAAAGGAUCAAUGGAAAGUGGGUUUUCAUUCAAAGAUAGUGUGGUAACAGGAAGUGGACAAAUUUAUUUGGGAAGAGCAUGGGGAGAUUAUUCGAGAGUUGUUUUCUCAUAUACUUUUAUGGAUAAUAUUGUUCUUCCUCAAGGUUGGAAUGAUUGGGGCUCCCAAAAACGCCAUUUGACAGUGUAUUAUGGAGAGUACAAGUGUAGUGGACCUGGUGCAGAUUUAAAAGGAAGAGUUCAAUGGGCUCAUAACUUAACUGAUGAAGAAGCUCAACCUUUCAUUGGGACUCACUAUGUUGAUGCUGAUUCUUGGCUUCUUUCCCCUUAUUCCUCUUAAAACCUUUCUUCUUUUUCUUUUUCCCCUUCAAAAUUUAUCCAAUGGAAAUUGGAUAGUCUCUUUGGAUAUUAAAUAUUUAAAAAGGGAUGAUUUUCCUCAGUUUAUAAAAUUCUCAACAAGUUUAAUUAUUA